GUUCGGGUAUCGCGUUUAUAGCAUAGUUAACGAGUCCACUUCUGUGCACUGUCGUAUUUGUCAAAAAUACGAUUAAAAAAAAUCUCUUUCCGUCAAAUCUUCAUCGCGCACACGUCGUGUCCAAUCGCUCCGUUCCGAGAUUUUUAAGGAAAUUUGCUCAAAAUGGCAUUCGGAGAUGUUAAGACCGCCAACGGACUGAAGGAAUUGGACAAAUUCCUGGCUGAUCACAGCUAUGUCGAAGGAUACGCUCCAUCGAAGGCUGAUCUGUCCGUGUUCGAUGCCCUGGGCAAAGCUCCCGCCGCUACCCAUGUGCACGCGCUGCGCUGGUACAACCACAUCGCAUCGUUCAACGCUAAGGAGCGCUCGGAAUGGGGCGGUCAGGCCCUGCCACAGGUAGCCGGCGGCAAGCCGACUGUCGCCGCCGCACCGGCCGGCGGAGACGAUGAUGAUGAUGUGGAUCUGUUCGGAUCGGAGGAUGAGGAAGAGAGCGCCGAGGCGGCCAAACUGAAGGAAGAGCGCCUGGCGGCAUACAAUGCAAAGAAGUCGAAGAAACCUGCCCUCAUCGCCAAGAGCUCCAUCAUUUUGGACGUCAAACCGUGGGAUGACGAAACCGACAUGAAGGAAAUGGAGAAGAACGUACGCAGCAUCGAGAUGGACGGACUGUUGUGGGGAGCGGCCAAGCUCGUACCGGUCGGCUAUGGCAUCCAGAAGCUGCAGAUCUGCUGCGUUAUCGAGGACGACAAGGUUUCGGUCGAUCUGCUGACGGAGACGAUUCAGGAGUUCGAGGAUUACGUACAGUCUGUGGACAUUGCCGCAUUCAACAAGAUCUAAAUGUGUGUGUGUGCGUUUUUUGGCUUCUGUUUUAAGUUUCUACCAACUACUCUUCACAGUGCGACAAGAAUGGAAUAAAUGAACCCAUUUUACUACUCAGA